AUGACCGGCAGUGUGUUCUGGGUCCAUGUCGACUCAGGCCACACCGCUGUGCAGACGGUUUCAUUUCUGGACUUGGUGCGGGCGUCCCGCACGCUUUUCCUCGGCGGUCGGUGGCCAAUGGACUUGCCCAUCCUCCUGCGUGCCUCAGAGGCCGCAGCAUGGCAGGACAGAGCGUCCGGUCUCAAGCGCUGCCCAUUGGUUGAGGGGCACGCGGUCGUGGCGGCUUUCUACAUAGGUCUGGCGCGGUCCAUCUUAGACCGCGAUGUCGGCGCCAUCCAGCAGUGGCUCGACUUGGCCGUGUGUGUGAAGCUGCAGGCCCAUGACUUGGUUACAUCGGCAGAGGACCCAGAUGGGGCGGUCCGAAGUGCCAUUUUGGGCCUGCAGUCGCAGGCACGGACGAGCACCCUCGUGUCAUUGUCGUGCUCCUAUAUCUGCUGGCUUCGGCGUCUCGAGACGGUCCUGGAAUCCCCGACAUACAAGGGCUGCACGCUGGCGGAGCAGGUGGACCUCCUGAAAGAAAGGGACAAGAUCCACUAUGUGGAUGGGCGCGAAAUGAACCGCACCCUCUUGAUCGGGAGCAAAUCCGCUGUUGCCAGCUUCAAAGACACUGCCACAUGCGACAUCUUCUUGAUGUUGGAGAGGCGCUGGGGCAGGACCUUGUUUUCUCUCCACUCGGAAAAGCUCCGAAUGCUUCUGAACGGCUGCAAAGCGGCGAUGCCUGGCAGUCUCGCGUAUGUGUUGGAGACAAUGUAUUUUCUGCUGCACUGUGGUCUUGUCCGGACAACGAAAUUCACGACGCACAGUAUGAACGCACUAAAGCACACCAGUUUCCUGGCGCUCACUCUCGGGGCAAUGCUUCUGUUGUCUUCGCUGGAAUCCAAAGCACGUGCAGAAGACGAGUCGCGAGCGACGGACGUCUUGGACGUCCUGGCCUUGUUUGCGCGGCCAGUGCGUCUCUUAGAGGGGGACAGGUAUGUCCAGACCAGCCGUGUGGAGGAGGAGGAGGAAGAGGAGGAGCACGACGAGGACCCAGCUGAAAAACAUGCUGGCGUCCAGCAGGAUGAUGAGGAGGAGGCGGAGCAGGGAAAGCCGCGCCGCCCAAGAGUGUCUUUGGGGUCAUGGUUCGAGGACAAGGAUGAUCGCGCUCGCAAGUUGGCCGAGAUCCUGCUGCAGGUCCUCUCCGGCGGAUACGCGAGGGACAUGGUCUUUUUGUCCAAGCACAAUCGCUUUGGCUUCUUGGCCGAAGGGGCGAAGGUCCAGGUCGAUUUGGCCGAAAAACUCUGGUCUGUUGUCGCGGAGGGCGGGGCCGAGCAUGCUGCGGCGACCACUGCAGCAGAGGAGGCAUUGGGGGACGAUGCCCAAGUGAAGCGCUGGCUAGAGAAGCGGACACAGGUGUUGCAGCUCCCGUUCAAAAAUCUCAAGACUGAGGCGGUGAGAGCUCAGCUGUGCGAAUCCUUUUUGAAGGCGAAGAGACCGAAUAAGGUGCUUUAUGUUUGGAACGGCGACAGCAUCCGGGAGAGGCCCAGCCAACCAUGGACGCGCAGAGGUGCCUUUGGUCGGUUUUCAAAGAAAAUCUUGAACAGUGUCUGCAAGAUUGCGCAAGACAUGGUCUCCAAGGGCGGCACCGUGGGCUUUUCGGACUACGCUGUCGCUGUGGGUUCAGACGGUGGCCUUCGAUCGCAGAGGCUUGUCCUUGAAAAGAACAAGGUCUUCGGUCUGUCUGCGAAAGAGAUCCUAGUCUCUCGCAGCCGCCGCGCCAAGAAGGAGACAACAAAGAAGCAGCGGGCCGAGGACGUACAACAUGUUUAUAUAGCAGCUGCCCUGACCUCGAAAAAACAGAACCAAGUGUUCCUCAGAGGCGUGGCGGAGAAGAUGGCGAGCUUCCAGGAUCUGGGGUUUCAUCGGCCCGCAUUCCCCUUGGUCUCGUGCGAGGAAAAAACGGCGCUCAUGGAGUGGAAAAAAACGCCAACCUGCUCGAGCCCCGUGUCCUGGAACAAGGAGAAGCUGCCCAUGUUUUGGCGUGAGCGGAAGCCUUUGGAAUGGUGGUCGACCUUGCUGGAGGCAGUGCAGCCAAAUGCUGUGGUGGACUUCGCCCCAGGCUGCGGUCUGCCUCUUGCCUGCCUCCAGUCCGACGUGCCUUAUGUCGCUCUGGCCUGGAAUGCGUCGCACAAAGCGACCUUGGAAGCAAUUUUGUUUGAAGCCGCCAAGAAGCACCUAUCUGGUCGACCAUUGCUGUGGUCCGAAGUUACGGGUGAGGAGGAGGGAGAGGACGCGGGCCUGGAAGAGGAGGAGGAUGAUGAGGACGAGGGCACCCAGAGUGUCCGAUUCAAGGACAAGAAGAAGGACAGGCCAGCCCCAGACUCGACGUCGGACAUCAUUGGCUUGCCUCGCUUCUUGCAACUGGUCUGGUCUUUUGUCUCUGUGCCAUUGCGUUCCCGGGGCGCCAUGGCCCAGCAAGAUCCCCGUCCCGCAGAGCCUGGUGCAGAAGGGGCUAUAGGUGAUGUUGCGCAGGCCAUGUGUAAGCAGGUGGUCUGGGUCCAAACAAACGUCGCGGCCUGGAUCCAGAAAACGCAGUUUGCGCAUGCGAUGCUUGGUCCUGGUGGUCGCUUGGACACCUUGCCGCCCUUACAGAUCGAAACACCCGGAACUGCUGGCGAGGAGAUGUACCAGCGAGGCCAUUGUGUGGAGGCCCUUCGGACCAGCGGCAUGUACGAGGGUUCAGUGACAUUUGCCAGCGCUCGGGAUGCGUUGGCAGACAUCCCGUAUGCGGACCUCUGGAUGGCGGAAACGAAAGGUCGCUUGGUCUGUCCGGCGGUCCUCUUUGCCAGGGUCACGGACGAGAAGAGUGUGGACAAGCCUUGGGAAUUGCUUGGCGGGUCAGGCCUGCUGCUCGCGUUCUACUUGGUCUUGGCCCGGUCUGUGGACGGCCAGGACUGGGAGGUCGUGGACAAGCUGCUGUCAGCAGCCCUGAGCACCACCAUCAGGGUCCACACGGGCAGGACCGACUCCGAGGACAUCGCCAGGGUGAAGAUGGACUGGCUGGGCCUGAGCAGGAAAUUGGGCCAGCUGGCACCCAGUUUGUUGCUUUGGCUGCGCUGGUUCCAUGAGGGCACUAAGGGUUGGGGUUUAGGCAUGGACAGCAAGUCCCUCAAGCUCUUGGAGACCAAGAAGGUGCGGUACGAAGGCCGUGCGAUCUCCAAGGAGAAGCUGGAGUUGGGCAUCUUGGCCGGGACCCUCGGUCUUUGUGAUGCAGACACGUGGUCGUCGGCCUGGUCACUGGAGCGGGAGUUUGGCAGGGGUCUGACGGACAACCAGGCAAAGUUGCUGAUUCUCAUGAGGGCCGCUAACAAGCACCACAAGGAGUACCCCAUCAGCGAGAAGUGUGAGGCGCUGAGCCACGUUGAUCCGAAGCAGAUCCUGCUUUACUUCUUCCAGGUCUUGCUGGUGGCUUUCAGGUCGGAGUACGCCAACCUCGACGAGGACUUCCGUGAGGGCAACAGGCUAGAGACCUUCUUGUUGCUGAUGUACAUGAAGCUCAGCUUGGUCGCUUUGGCCAGCACCCUCAUAGAGGUGUCGGACGUGGAUGGCGACAUCAAGAAGAAGCUUCAGCAUGUGGUGGUCCUGUUUGCCUCCCCUCUGGAGUUCCAGAGCCACAUGGAUGCAGCAAGCUUCGACCCACACAGAGAGUUCUACACGAGUGUCUUUGGCAAGCCGGGCGACGCAGGGUCUUCGGUCAGUGACUCUUCGGUCAGUGACUCAAUCGUGCUUGACUUCAUCGCGGCUGUUUACCCACUCUUCGAUGGUUCCAACGACGCGGCGGUGAAGAAGUGUUCCGAGGACAUGACUCUGGCCGAUUUUCCGGGCCAUGUUUUCGAGGGAGGACACGGCAAGGGCUCGAAGGACGCCGACUUUGCACCUUGGCGACUGUGGUACAAAGCAAUGCAGCAGCCCAGCCCCGAUGCCUGUGUGUAA